AUGUGCCUUUUGGUUUUUGCACUCCUUCUACAACUUAUUCUCCCUGUUGUGUCAUUGGCUGCCACUAGCUGCUUUUCUACCAUGAAGCAGCGUGUGCACAUGGACGGUGAUGUGAUGAUUGCUGUGUAUUUCCCUCUCUACAUCUUGAGAGUAGCUAGCCAUGACAACAAUGCUCCUGAAGAUGAAAAGGAAAGGCUGUUACUCCUCCGAUCUCAGUGUAAAAAUAUAGGGAACAUGGUAGUGGCCACUGCAUUUUACCUUGGUACUUUACCACUGUAUACCAUGGUAUUUAUCAUGGCUUGUAAGUUUGGAAAUACUCCUUUUAUAUUUCUAUGCUCAUUACACAGGCUUAUUUUUAAGAACUACCAGUUUAUUUUGGCCCUGACUUUUGCUAUUGAAGAGAUCAACAAAAACCCUCAUCUUCUACAUAACUUGACACUGGGAUUUGAGUUCUGUAAUUUUGAAUUUGAUGUUUGGAAUGAAUUAAAAAGUGCCAUUCUUUGCCUCUUUGGGAAGAACAACACUCUAAAUUACACAUGUAUGGGACACAGCAAGUAUACAGCAGUACUUACAGGACCAUCAGCAAUAACAUCUGCCCAGCUUGGGACAUUGCUGAACCUCUAUAGGUUUCCACAGCUUUCCUUUGGGCCUUUCGAUCAAGUCCUGGGCGAUCAUAACAAGUUCCCUGCUCUCUAUCAGAUGGCCCAAAAGGACACAUCCAUGGCAACUGCCAUGGUCUCCUUACUGCUUCACUUCAGAUGGAACUGGGUGGGACUGCUAGCCACAGAGGACGAGAAUGGCUUGUGGUUUCUUCCUGAAUUGAAAGAAGAGAUGGCCAAGAACAGAGUCUGUGUAGAUUUUGAGCUAGCACUCCCGAACAAUAUUCUUUCCCAUAAUACAAAACUGAAGGCAGUUAAUAACCAGGUUAACAAAUCAUCAGCAAAUGUCUUCAUUAUAUAUGGUGAUAAUGAAUUUCUAAUUGUUUUGCAAUUGAUGGUAAAAGGCAAAAUUUUUAUCGUGAAUUCACAGUGGGAUUUGACAAUGAGUAGGGAUUAUUUCCUGCUAGGAUCAUCGCAGGUACCUCUCAUGUUUUCACACCAUCACCCAGAUGUUUCCGGAUUCACAGAUUUUGUCAAGGCAGUGAACCCUUCCAAAUACCCUGAAGAUGCUUUCCUUGCUGAGGUAUGGUUGGUCUCUUUUAAUUGCUCUGAAUCUGAGUCUGACUGUGUAACAUGGGAGAAUUGUGCUCACAAUGCCUCAUUGGAUUGGUUGCCUCGGCACAUUUUAGACACGAAUUUGUCUGUGGACAGUUACAAUAUGUACAAUGCUGUGUACGCUGUGGCCCAUGCUCUCCAUGAGAUGCUUCUUCAUAGAGCAGAAGUACAAACCAUGGGAAACAGAAAAGGGACAGUGCCUUCUCCUACACAGCUGCACGCUUUUCUGAAGAACAUCCAAUUUUACAAUACUGCUGGAGAUCAGGUGACUUGGGAUGAGAAAAGGAAAUUGGAGGCAGAGUAUGACAUUGUGAACAUUUGGAAUUUCCCACACGGUCUUCAUCUUGAGGUGAAAGUAGGAAAGUUUUCUCCAUAUACUCAUCAACUCUCUUUAUCUGAAGGAAUGAUACACUGGACCAUAGCAUGUACAGAGCCUCCCCAUUCUGUCUGCAGUAUAAGUUGUGGUCCUGGAUUCAGAAAAGCCCCUCAGGAUGGAAAGGCCGCCUGUUGCUUUGAUUGUACCCCUUGCUUAGAGAAUGAGAUGUCUAAUGAGCCAGACAUGGUUCAGUGUGUGAAGUGUCCAGAUUACCAGUAUGCCAACACACAGAGAAACCAGUGUCUCCAAAGAGCUGCAAGCUUCUUGGAUUAUGGGGAGCCCUUGGGGAUGGCCUUGGCCUUCAUAGCUCUUGGUUUAUCGACACUCACAGCAUUUGUUCUUGGGGUCUUUGUGAAACAUCACAACACCCCCAUUGUCAAGGCGAAUAACCAGGCCCUCAGCUACAUCCUGCUCAUCUCCCUCAUCUUCUGUUCCCUCUGUUCCUUGCUCUUUAUUGGCCGUCCCAACACAGUCACCUGCAUUCUACAGCAAACCAUAUUUGGAGUUGCAUUCACUGUUGCUGUUUCUGCUGUCUUGGCCAAAACUCUCACUGUAGUUCUGGCCUUUAAGGUAACUUCUCCAGGGAGAAGGAUGAGGUGGCUGCUGGUUUCAGGGGCUCCUAACUUCAUCAUUCCCAUCUGUACCCUGAUCCAGGUGACUCUAUGUGGAAUCUGGCUGGGAACCUCUCCUCCCUUCAUUGACACAGACACACACUCUGAACAUGGCCACCUCAUCCUCCUGUGUAACAAGGGCUCCCUCACUGCCUUCUACUGUGUCUUGGGAUACCUGGGCUCCCUGGCCCUGGCCAGCUUCACUGUGGCUUUUCUGGCCAGGAACCUUCCUGACACCUUCAAUGAAGCCAAGUUCCUGACCUUCAGCAUGUUGGUGUUCUGCAGUGUGUGGCUUACCUUCCUGCCUGUCUACCACAGUGCCAAGGGCAAGGUCAUCGUGGCUGUGGAGGUCUUUUCCAUCUUGGCCUCCAGUGCAGGGCUCCUGGGCUGCAUUUUUGUCCCCAAGUGUUACAUCAUCUUGAUAAACCCAGAUAGGAAUUGUCCGUACGGCUUCAAGGAUAAAAGAGAUAGAAAUGGCCCCAAAGGACAUAUUGAUGACCACUGCCAUGGUCUCCUUACUGCUUCAUUUUCAUUGGAACUGGGUGGGACGGUUUACCUUAGAAGAUUAGAUUGGUUUGUGGUGUCUUCCAGAAUUGAGAAAACAGAUGGCGAGAUGCUGCAGCUUGCAGAGCCCCAGGAACAGGUUUUACACAUUCUUCUUGGGGAUUCACAAGAGGCUUCACUGAAAGGAUCUCAGUUUGAAAAUAUUGGGAACAUGGUAGUUGCCACUGCAUUUUACCUUGGUAUUUUACCAUUGUAUACCAUGGAAUUUAUCAUGGAGAACUGGCUUUCCUUUGGGCAUUUUGAUCAAGUCCUGAGCGACCAUAACACGUUUAAUGCUCUCUAUCAGAUGGCCCGAAAGGACACAUCAAUGGCCAAAGCCAUGGUCUCCUUACUGCUUCACUUCAGAUGGAACUGGGUGGGACUGCUAACCGUAGAGGACGAGAAUGGCUUGUGGUUUCUUUCUGAAUUGAAAGACGAGAUGGCCAAGAACAGAGUCUGUGUAGACAUUGAGCUAGCACUCCCGAACAAUAUUCUUUUCCAUAAAACAAAACUGAAGGCAGUUAAUGACCAGGUUAACAGAUCAUCAGCAACUGUCUUCAUUAUAUAUGGUGAUAAUGAAUUUCUACUUGUUUUGCAAUUGUCAGUAAAAGGCAAAAUUUGUAUCGUGAAUUCACAGUGGGAUUUGACAAUGAGUAAGCAUUAUUUCCUGCUAGGAUCAUCGCAGGUACCUCUCAUGUUUUCACACCAUCACCCAGAUGUUUCCGGAUUCACAGAUUUUGUCAAGGCAGUGAACCCUUCCAAAUACCCUGAAGACACUUUCCUUGCUAAGGUGUGGCUUGCCUCUUUUAAUUGUUCUGAUUCUGAGUCUGACUGUGUAACAUGGGAGAACUGUGCUCACAAUGCCUCCUUGGAUUGGUUGCCUCGGCACGUUUUAGACACUACGUUGUCUGUAGACAGUUAUAACGUAUACAAUGCUGUGUACACUGUGGCCCAUGCUCUCCAUGAGAUGCUUCUUCAUCAAGCAGAAGUACAAACAGAAAACCCAAGAAAUAAUAUCUGUUUCAAUGUAUGGGAGCUGCACCCUUUUCUGAAGAACAUCGAAUUUCACAAUCCUGCUGGAGAUCAGGUGAUUUUGGAUGAGAAAAGGAAAUUGGAGGCAGAGUAUGACAUUGUGAAUCUUUGGAAUUUCCCACAUGAUCUUCAUCUCGAGGUGAAAGUGGGAAAGUUUUCUCCAUAUACUAAUCAACUCUGUUUAUCUGAAGAAAUGAUAUACUGGACCACUGAUUUUUCUCAGCCUCCCCAUUCUGUUUGCAGUGUAAGUUGUGGUCCUGGAUUCAGAAAAGUCCCUCAGGAGGGAAAGGCUGCUUGUUGCUUUGAUUGUACCCCUUGCACAGAAAAUGAGAUGGCUAAUGGGACAGACAUGGAGCAGUGUGUGAAGUGUCCAGAUCACCAGUAUGCCAACACACAGAAAAACCAGUGCCUCCUAAGAGCUGCAAGCUUCCUGACUUAUGGGGAGCCCUUGGGGAUGGCCUUGGCCUGCAUGGCUCUUGGUUUAUCAACACUCACAGCACUUGUUCUUGGAGUCUUUGCGAAACAUCACAAUACUCCCAUUGUAAAGGCGAAUAACCAGGCUCUCAGCUACAUCCUUCUCAUCUCCCUCAUCUUCUGUUCCCUCUGUUCCUUACUCUUUAUUGGCCGUCCCAACACAACUACAUGUAUUCUACAGCAAAUGAUAUUUGCAGUUGCAUUCACUGUUGCUGUUUCUGCUGUCUUAGCCAAGACUGUUACUGUAAUUCUGGCCUUCAAGGUCACUUCUCCAGGGAGAAGGAUGAGAAGGCUGCUGGUGUCAGGGGCUCCUAACUUCAUCAUUCCCAUCUGCACCCUGAUCCAGGUGACUCUCUGUGGAAUCUGGCUGGGAACCUCUCCUCCCUUCAUUGACACUGACACACACUCUGAACAUGUUCACCUCAUCAUCCUGUGUAACAAGGGCUCCCUCACUGCCUUCUAUUGUGUCUUGGGAUAUAUGGGCUCCCUGGCCCUGGCCAGCUUCACUGUGGCUUUCCAGGCCAGGAACCUGCCUGACACCUUCAAUGAAGCCAAGUUCCUGACCUUCAGCAUGCUGGUGUUCUGCAGUGUGUGGCUCACCUUCCUGCCUGUCUACCACAGUGCCAAGGGCAAGGUCAUGGUGGCUGUGGAGGUCUUCUCCAUCUUGGCCUCCAGUGCAGGGCUUCUGGGCUGCAUCUUUGUCCCCAAGUGCUAUGUCAUCUUGAUAAGGCCAGAUAGGAAUUGUCUGUAUGGCUUCAAGUAUAAAAGAGAUAGAAGUAGAAAUAAGCAUUGCUAA